GCCAAAUGCCGCCGCCGCUCUCUCCAGCUCGGGUGUUCGCUGAGUUGGUGUCCCCGCCCGUCGCCUCCGGCACGGCAGACGACGAGCCUCCCAGAGCCGCCGAAGGAGGGCCGUUUGGGAGGGAGGUUCACGUGAGCGGCAGCGCGGAACUCAGCGCCGGACCCGAUCGGGCCAAAGUCACGGUUUAUUUGAGAAGCAGGAAAGGGGAAGCCGGCGCAGCGCGGGGCAGCGUCACUCGCAGACUCGACUACGUCGCUCAGACGGUUCGGCAGCGCGGAGGCAUCUCGGAAAAUGAUGUGACUGUGACAAAAAACUUCAGUAGAAUAGACAAUUCGUAUAAGAUGGAAGCCGAGGUUUGCAUUAUAUUUACUGAUUUUGGGAAAAUGCAAGAUACAUGUAAUCAUCUAGUUGAGAAACUAGACAAAUCAGUUAUCAUCAGCUCACCUCACUUUUACCAUACGAUGGAGGCUGUAGAUGCCCUUCGGAGGCAGGUAUGCGUUUCUGCGGUUAGAAGUGCUCAGCAAAAAGCUCAAGAAGUUUGCCAGUUGUUUGGACACGCCCUGGGGAAGCCUUUGCUAAUCAAGGAAGAAGAGGUAAAGGAGUCAGAAGGUCAUAUUGAGGAUCAUACAGACAAUUCUUCAGAUUUAUUCAGUUUUCAGCAGAAACUCCAAAGUGCCACCAUCCACGUUUCUUCAAGAGUAUUUGCUAUUUUUGAAAUAAAGGGAGAGAAGAAGAGGAAAAAGACUGCUCUUAUAAAAGGCAACUAAUUAACCCCUGAAGCCAUUAAUUAGACUUUCUUUAUGAAGAAGAAUGUACUCAGGAAGCUCUACUUGAUUUUCCAUAGUCUUACAUUUAAAAUUACAGUUGAAGUAAAAACUCCUUUUAUUGAAUGGGGUGAAAAAUGUGGAACCCUGCCAGUGUUUUUAAAAAGUCAUUGCUAUUCAGAAAAUUAAGGGAAAGCUUUAUUUAGCAAUCAUAUAGUGCGAGAAAAUGCUCAUUGAGCAUGAUUUGAAAUAAUUACUGACCCAUUCUGUUGCUCGACAAGGCAAACAUAGGUAGAUGUACCUUACAGUCCCUUUGUCAGUGGGUUCUGCCUUUUUAGAUUACAACUUCUGGGAAAUUGUAAUCUAAACUGCACAGAAUUACCUUUAUAUAGCAGCCAGUUGUCCUAUUAUGUACAACUUUAAGACUUAAAAAUUUAUUCUAUUAUUCAUGCAGCAGUACAUAUGUCUGGUUUGGUCCAAAGCAAUAUGCUUUUUAAAUAAAGUAUUUGUACAACAGC